AUGAGCCCACCCUCCUAUAGCCACCAGCCUCCACUGAUGUGUGUGGAUGUUGCAGGAGAACUGGGCAGAGCUGUCAAAUUGAACCUCGUCGGAGAGGAGAAGAAAAACGAAGAGGAAAGUAUUAAGAAGCACCAGAUUAAUACCUAUGUGAGUGAUCUGAUAUCUCUCCACCGCAGCCUACCUGAAAGAUGGAAUCCUCUUUGUAAGGACCUGAAGUAUGACUACAGGUCAUUGCCAUCUACCUCAGUGGUGAUCGCCUUCUACAACGAGGCGUGGUCCACGCUGCUACGCACUGUUCACAGUGUCCUGGAGACAUCACCUAACUUACUUCUACGAGAGGUGGUGCUGGUGGACGACUAUAGUGACAGAGCUCAUUUGAAGGAGCCGUUGGAAAACUACAUCUCCAGCUUGAAGAAGGUGCGUCUGACCCGGGCCAGGAAGAGGGAGGGCCUGGUGCGGGCCAGGCUCCUGGGGGCCUCCAUUGCCACGGGUGACGUGCUGACCUUCCUGGACUGCCACUGUGAAUGUCACGAGGGCUGGCUGGAGCCGCUGCUCCACAGGUGA